UGCUGGAUGCGGCUCAGUAUGUGUGUAACCGCAGCCUGACCGACACACGCCGUCCUCCUCCUCCUCCUGAACACUUUGACUUCCACAAGCUCUCAUCAUGGACCUGGACCCGGCCGUCAUCAUCCCCGCCAUCCUCUUCACCGUUGUUGCCAUUUAUUUCGCUUCAUCGCUCCUCAGCAAGAAGCCCGACGCCUCCUCCUCCUCCUCCUCCUCCUCAGCCGGGAACAAGAAGCCCAAAGUCAGCCACGGAGACGACACCCCUCCGUCCAGAGCUCUCGGAGAGUCGGUCCGAGUCGAGCGUGCGGCCGCCCCGGAACCAGAGCCUCCAGCCCCGGCUGUGAUAGAGGACAUCGGAGCCGCGGAGAAGAUCCAGGACGUCCCGUACUCAAAAGUUCAGGCUGCCCCAGAACCAGUAUCAGCGCCUGUCCCAGAACCUGCAUCGGCACCUGUUCCUGAACCGGUUAAAGUACCAGAACUUGUCCCAGAGCAAGUCACAGUACCAGAACUGCUCGCAGAGACAGUAUCAGCACCAGAACCUGUCGAAGAACUUGUCCCAGAGCCAUUCACAGCACCAGAACUGGUCGCAGAGCCAGUAUCAGCACCAGAACCUGUCCCCGAAGCAGUCCCAGUACCAGUACCAGAACUGGUCGCAAAUACACCAUUGGUACCAGAACCUGUAGACGCUCCAGAACCUGCCGCCGAACUAGUAAAAGUAUCAGAGACACUAUCAGAAGCACCUGUAGGACUCGAAGCUGUCCCAGAGCCAGUCACAGUACCAGAACUAUUCCCAGAGCCAGUCACAGUACCAGAACUAGUCCCAGAGCCAGUAUCAGCACCAGAACCUGUUCCAGAAUCAGUUGAAGUACAAGAAGUAGCUGCUGUGCCACAACCUAUCCCAGAGCCUGAAUCUGUCCCAGAACCUGUGUCAGAAAGAGUUGUAGUCCCAGAACCAGUUUCGGUACCGGAACCUAUUGCAGUGCCUGAUCUAGAACCUGUCGUUCAGUCUGAACCCCUGUCUGACGUAGUCCAGCCACCCAUAACUGAGCCUGAAAAAAUCGAAAAAGAGCUGAUCCCUGGACCCGUUGAGCCUGUUGCAGAGGCAUCCACCAAUCCAGAACCAGAACCUGAACCAGAGUUCCUCCUCAAUAAUGAUGUGGCAGCAGCUGAAGAUAAAGUCACGUUCACCCCAGGAAAGAAACAGAGCAAGUUUGAGACCCUGAUGACAAAGGAGGAGAUCGAGGAGGAGCAGAGGGUGCAACAGGAGCAGCUGGCGGCCAUCUUCCUGCUGCUGAGGGAGAACCAGGAGGCGCUGGGGGAGGUAACGGAAGGAGAGAUGGAGGAGCAGCUGAAACUCUACUCACUCUAAACCAAGGCAGCCUCCAUUCAUCAUCAUCAUCAUCAUUAUGCUCAGUUACCAUGACAACACUGACUCACCCCAUCCACAAUGUCCAUACUGUACAGUGUCUUAAAGGGUUAUUUAUUUGCAGUCAUGUGACACUGACAUUUGUGACAUCACUUCCCGGCUCAUUUGUGAGGUGUGCUAGCUAAUGAUGAGCUUAAGAGGAGAGCUGGUGGAUUAGUUACAGUUUUUCAGUGUUCAUGCUAAGCUAAGCUAACAGGGUGUGGUUUCUCCGAAGGAGGACCUUCACCCCCAGGUUUUGUUCACAAUGAACUGUGUGUUUCUGUUUCUCCUCCUCUUUAAAAUUCAGAGACAAACUGAACAGCACUGGAGUGACAAUAGUACAGCUAAUUUAACUUUUAGCAUUUGGCUGUUAUGUAUAAAUACAGUAACAACAACACGAGCUACAGAUAGUGACACGUUUGUCAUGAUGACAGUUGUUUGUUUCUAAACCUUUUAUUCUGAUAAAGCUUCAUCAUUAUAAUGAGUUACAGGAUCAGUUGCAUACUUUUGUACUUUCAUGUGUUUCUAAUAGACAUAUAGGGCAAAAAAGAAAAAAAUCAUGAAUAAAGUCCACACAUUUUACUUCAAAGAGAAAUAUUUAUUCAAGUAAUAUUUAAAAUAUCUAAAAAAAAUAAUCAUUAUUAUUAUCUUACUAAUAUUGGUGUAUACACCAUAUUUUGAAAAGAUUUUUUUUUUCUGAAGUUAAAUUUAGAUUUUUUUUUUUUUUUACUUUGAAUCACAUGUUCUUUGAUAGCUGUUAUUUAAUCACUUAUCCUUACGUGUGUUUUGGGGAUUUACUCACUGGAUUUGUUAUCUUAAAUGAAUUCUUAAAUAAAUAUCUUAAAUAUUAAAUUCUGUAAUGUCUUUUUCAUGAUAAUAAAUAAAAUAAAAAUAUUUUGCUGGUGAUGUA